UGGGCGCGCGCGGAGAAGGCCCCGGGCGCGCGCGCGCGCGCGCUCCCCGCCUCCAGCCCGGGAGCGGCUCGCGGCCGGCUCCGCGCCGCAUCCCUCGGUUCAGCGCAGCUCAGCGCACCGCGGCGGCCUUUCGGCAGCCGAACGGCUGUGGCAGCAUUUCCUUUAGAGGCUGCACUUCCUUCCCUGCUGCCAGCCAGGAACUUCAGAAGGUUUCUCAGAGGAAGUGUGAUACAGCAGGUCAGGACAAAGAGUUGUGGGCAGGCUGUUGGGCCAGCUGGUACCAUCAUGGCAGAGAAAGUGAACAACUUCCCACCUUUGCCCAAAUUCAUCCCGCUGAAGCCAUGUUUCUACCAAGACUUCGAGGCAGACAUUCCUCCCCAGCAUCUCAGCAUGACCAAGCGCCUCUACUACCUCUGGAUGUUGAACAGCGUCACGCUGGCCGUGAACCUGGUGGGCUGUCUCGCGUGGCUGAUCGGAGGCGGGGGAGCCACCAACUUUGGCCUCGCCUUUCUCUGGCUCAUCCUGUUCACACCCUGCUCCUACGUCUGCUGGUUUCGGCCCAUUUACAAGGCCUUCAAGACUGACAGCUCCUUCAGUUUCAUGGCAUUCUUCUUCACCUUCAUGGCUCAGCUGGUCAUCAGCAUCAUCCAGGCCGUGGGCAUUCCAGGCUGGGGCGUCUGCGGCUGGAUUGCUACCAUCUCCUUCUUCGGAACGAACGUUGGCUCAGCGGUGGUCAUGCUCAUUCCCACUGUCAUGUUCACGGUGAUGGCCGUCUUUUCCUUCAUCGCUCUCAGCAUGGUUCAUAAAUUUUACCGGGGAAGUGGGGGGAGUUUCAGCAAAGCUCAGGAGGAGUGGACCACAGGGGCAUGGAAGAACCCACACGUGCAGCAGGCAGCCCAGAAUGCAGCCAUGGGGGCGGCCCAGGGUGCCAUGAAUCAGCCUCAGACUCAGUAUUCUGCUACCCCCAACUACACGCACUCCAACGAAAUGUGAACCAGCCACGCCUACGAGGUGGCAGGGCUGGGGCCAUUGGGACAGGGGGCUCAAGCCACAUAGUCAUUUGUGGUGACCAAGCAGGGUUCCCCCUUCCCUUUCCCCUCCCCCAAUUUGUACAAAGGACCAGAAUUAUAUAUAUGUAUAUGUAUGUAUAUGUCUGUCCCCCGGCCCCCACCUUUCGGAUCCUGCUCUUGGCACUCAGAGCUGUGGGCUGCGCGUGGAGCCGUCCCGUGCAGUCGUAGCUGUGUCUGUGUCCUCUCGUGAAAUAGUGUGCAGUGGAGGUCUCUUGUUGUGGUGCUAGAUGUAUGUUUAGAGCUAAACCAGCCCCCGCACCUUCCACCUGGCCCUCCUGCCCCUGGCCCAGGGACCCCUCACAGGGUCAGGGGAGGCAUAGCAGAAAGACUGGCCCCUUCCUAGGGUUAUGAGCUGGACCUGUUUCUGCUUUUGGUCUUCCCAGGAAGCAACCGUAGUUAGCACUGGUGGUGGUGGCUGGGAGGCUGGGCACAGGCCCGGGAUAUUACCUUGCUCUUCUCACCCGUCCAAGCCUUUCCUUCCUCAGCCUCUGCCUCCCUCGUCUGUUCCCUGACGUCAUUCCCUUGCCCGGGGCCCGUCUGUCUCCUUCCCACGUGGCUUUUCUUUGUCUUCCCCAAGGCUCAGCAUCCCAGUUUUAUCUGCUCCUGAGACUGAGCCCAGAUCCCCAAAUCUGAUCUGAUUUCUGGUUCAAGGAAGCUGGUGGGGGAGCUGGGCCUUACCCCGAUGUAGGAGGAGCACAUAGCUGGGGGUGCAGAGCCCACCUGGGUACCUGACCCCCAGGGGAUGGAAAUGCAGGUGAGUCUCCUUGGGUCUGAGAGUUUGGUCUUCAGGGGCACGUUCCUCCUUUCUCUCCCUGCCUUCUCCUCCUCUUCUCCCCAGAGCCCCCUUGAGCCCCUCUGCCUAUGUCCCUCUGCCUCCUCUCCAUGCCCCCAGCUGCUGUGGCUUGACGGCUUGAUUCUCCUACCCUCACCCCACCAUGUGCCAGGUGGCAUCUGCCUUACUGCCUUCCCUGAGGAGUUGGGUCAUGCCGGCCAGUUGUCAGGUGUAAAGGCACAGCUAGAGCAGAGGGCAUGUCGGUCAUGAUUGGUCCCUGGGGGAGGUGUGGCUGGCUCCAGCACACUGGAGCAUCUAGGUAUCUCUCAGUGACUGUGGAUUCCUGGGAGCGGCAGCUGUUCUGUUUGAAUCUGGUAGAAGGGACAGGGCUCCGUGGACUAGGCCCGGAGGGAAGGUCAGCGGAUAAGGCAGGCAGGGCCCAGUGAGGGAAGCACGCCUUCCCCUACUCUGGCUUGCUCGUGGUCACAGGGCAGUUCUGGGCACUUGAACUCAGGUCCCAGCAGAAGCACAGGCCCGGUCCUCGGUGCAAGCACAAUGGCCUGACUGGGAUUUCCGGUUAGGCCGGGUGGGAGGGGAGGCUCUCUGGCUUUAGUUUUGUUUUCCAAAUCAAGGUAACUUGCUCCCCUCUGCCUGCAGACCUCGGCUCUUGGCUUGUCCUCACCCAGUCGGAACUCCCUACCCCUUUCAGGAGAGCGGUUUUAGGUCCAUGGGGCUGUUGUGUUCCAAGUGGGGUGAGAACAUGGAUGGUGGAGGCUUCAGCUAUGUGUGGGGCCCGAAGGGGAGCGGGCUCUCACGCAAAGAGCAUCUGCCCGUUUCCCACCGCCCCUUCUCCCAACAGAAGCCUGCCUGGGCUGUUUGGACAAAAAUCCAAACCCCACUUGGCUACUCUGGCCUGGCUUCAGCUUGGAACCCAACACCUAGGGCUUCCAGGCUAACCUGAGCCAGGGGUCUCUGGUAGUUCUCCUGAUGGUCCUUUAGGCUUGGGCCACAACAGAUGAUUGGCUCUCCCUCCUCUCUGGUACCUGAAGAGGGACCCUAGGUCUAGGCUCUUCUUCCCCCUCCCUUCCUUUCCCCUACCCCAGACCUGUGGCUCCCUUUCCCUUCUCUCUCUGGUAGCUCCAGGAGGCUUGUGGUCCAGCUCCCUGCCUAGCACUCAUGACCUGUUGGAUGUUAUCGCCAAUUGAUCUCCUGUCCUAUCUGCCUCUUUGGCUCAGACCUAUAUAGCCACACCCUGGCUCUACCCUUGGGAAAGACAGAUCCCAGUGUGUGGCCCAGCUUGUUCAGGCCCUGGGAUGCUGCAUCUCCAGGCAACUAUGCACUUUCCCAGGGAGGGAACCAGUCUGAGAAGUUGGGGCAGGGCACACAUUCAUCUCUGCAGGAAGGUCUGGCCUGGGGUGGGGUGGAGGAGGGCCCAGGUCCGUUCUGGGGUCCCAGUGACCUGCUUUGCCAUUCUCCUGGUGCCACUGCUGCUCCCUAUUUCUGGAGAUGGACGUUCCCCAGCUGGCAGUUGAGCUGCCUGAGCCAAUGUGUCUCUUUGGUAACUGAGUGAACAAUAAUAAAGGGGAACAUUUGGCCCUGUG